UGGAAGAUGCUGGAUAAGGCCACCCUGCUCCUGUUCCUGCAUUUAGUCACAUGCUCCAUCUCCUCUCCUCUCUACCCAGCUCUCAGGUACAGUCCAGGGCUGGUUGCUGGCACGGCCGUGAGCUUCCAGCCACAGCACAGCAGCCCAUUGCAGAGCCAUAACCCCUCGGCAGAGGAACAGGAGGAGGAGGGUUUAUUAACAGACCCCACUGAGAAAAGGACGCAGCGCCACGCUGAUGCCAUAUUCACUGACAACUACCGCAAGUUCCUGGGGCAGAUUUCAGCCCGCAAGUUCUUACAGACCAUCAUUGGCAAACGCCUCGGAAGCAGUGCGAGCAGCCCAGGAGAAGGGGUGCACGAACUCCUGACAAGGCGCCAGUCUGACAGCAUCCUGAUGGACAGCCGCUACCACCAGCACAUGGUGCUGCUGGACUUCCUGGGAGCCAUUCUGCAGAACCAGAGGCCUCAGGACAUCUCCAGCAGCCGGUUAGAAGGCUUUCCCAGCACCCUGGCUAAGCUCAUGUAAAUAUUUCUCCCUUGUUCAUCUCUCCAUGCUCUGAGGAACUCAGAGCUCACGGACCUGACUGUACAGUAACCUCCACAGCAAUGAAGACAUUCCCAGGUGUGAGCAGCUGGCAACUGAUGCUCCUCAGAUCUGUUCAAAGGAACUCAGUUCUGAUGCACUGCUUCAUUUACUCCAGUCUCUAGAGUCUCACUGCCCUCUCUAACUGCUGGUCUGCGUACUGAAUCAGACAAAAACCCCACCUCCAUGGUUUAACCUCGGGCUGCUUUACAUACAAAACCUAAACCAACCAGUCCACUUGUGAUCCUGGGGACAUGCUGUCUACUGAUUAAGGCUUUCAAAUCACAAAGCAUAGCAAAAUUUCUGCCAAGUCAUCAUUCUGUUUGAGGGCCUGAUUAAUAAACGUGAAGCCACCCAAAGGCCCCUUUAGGCAACUUCGCGCAUUGAUUACAGCCUCCUCUAAAUAGAUGCUGAUGGCACAACCACACACAGAGCUUGGUUCAGGGGGAGGCAAGACAUGAAUCCACAUGUCUACCACCCAUUAGAAACACUGCUGUGGGCUGCUGCUGUCUGGCUCCUUGGCAGCAAAACUGAACUCUAAAAAGCUCAGCUAAAGUUCCUGCUCAGCCUUGAGGGGUCCAAACUGAAGCUACAGCUCUGCAAGAGUUAAAGGAGAUCCCUGUGCAUCAGCUUGGGCUGGCACUGUUUUAAUUCAAUGUGCCAGCCAGUGGCUCUGAACACCAUGGCAAGUUACAACUGUAAAUGUUUAUUAACCCAGUGCUCUCAUGCAGCUCCUUCCUUCCCUGUCACCCCAGUUCUGUUGUUUGUGUAAUAAUUACGUCUUCAUACAUGUAAAUAACAUCAGGAUGGGGGCUGCUUUCCCCCCAUUAGCAAGAAAUAAAAGUUGUUCUAAAUAAACCUGUCCA